AAAAAUUUACCCGGUUGUGAAGUGAAAAGGAAAUUGCACUUUGUAAUUUUGACUUUGAAAAUCUUCUCAGAAGGUUAUAAAUUAUAAUAAUCGUGUUUUUGAAGUAUUCAAAUUUACUAAAAAUGGCUUUCAAUUUCAAUAAAUUAGCCAUCGAUGCUGUCGAUUUAGCUGGCAAACGAGUCUUGAUUAGAGUCGAUUUCAACGUGCCUCUCAACAGCCAAGGUGAAAUAACCAACAAUCAACGUAUUGUAGCUGCACUUGAUACCGUAAAAUACGCUCUCGACAAGAAUGCCAAAUCAGUCGUUCUUAUGUCACAUCUUGGAAGACCAGACGGUUCGAAAAAAUUGAAGUAUACUUUGAAACCAGUCGCCGACGAAUUAAAGAAAUUGUUAUCAAGGUAUAACGAUCUAAGCUUCUAUAAAAAUACCUAUAUCAUAAUUUUUUUAAACAAUAUUUGCAUUUUUAGAGAAAUAACCUUCUUAAAUGAUUGCGUUGGCCCUGAAGUCGAAGCUGCUUGCGCUGAUCCCAAAUCCGGAUCGGUUAUAUUAUUAGAAAAUUUAAGAUUCCACGUUGAAGAAGAAGGUAAAGGUGUAGAUGAAGGUGGAAACAAGAUCAAAGCUUCGCCUGAAGCAGUCAAAGCAUUCCGUGAAUCUUUAAGGAAAUUGGGUGAUGUAUACGUUAAUGACGCGUUCGGUACCGCUCACAGAGCUCAUAGUUCCAUGAUGGGAGAUGGUUUUAGCGUUAGAGCUUCAGGAUUCCUAUUGAAAAAAGAAUUAGCGUACUUCGCUAAAGCUUUGGAACACCCCGAAAAACCCUAUCUUGCUAUCUUAGGUGGUGCUAAAGUUGCUGAUAAAAUUCAACUCAUUGAAAAUCUACUCGAUAAAGUCACCGAUAUGAUCAUCUGCGGUGGAAUGUCGUACACAUUCUUGAAAGUUUUAAAGAACAUGAAGAUCGGUCAAUCACUGUUCGACGAACAAGGAUCGAAAAUCGUUCAGAAGCUAUCCGAUAAAGCUGCCGCUAAAGGUGUAACUCUAUAUUUCCCGGUUGAUUUCACUAUUGCUGAUAAAUUCGACGAAAAUGCAAACUGUUCCACGGCUACUGUUGAAGGUGGCAUUCCUGAUGAUUGGAUGGGAUUAGAUAUCGGUCCUAAAUCCGCCGAAAUUUUACUCGAGCCGAUCAAAAAAUCCAAACUUAUCAUAUGGAAUGGACCCGCCGGUGUAUUCGAAUUCGAAAAAUUCGCCUGUGGUACGAAAGCAAUUAUGGAUGGUGUUGUCGACGCUACAGCGAAAGGAACCACAGUCAUCAUCGGCGGUGGUGAUACUGCCACUUGUGCUGCGAAAUGGGGUACCGAAGAUAAAGUCAGUCACGUUAGUACUGGAGGAGGUGCCAGUUUGGAACUUUUGGAAGGCAAAGAAUUACCCGGAGUUGCAGCUCUUAGUGACGCGUGAAUUCGAACAAAUUAACGAUAUUAUUUUGUAUGCACGCUUCAGUCACUGUUAUGUAAAAUCACUCGCGUGUGCUUUUUCUUUUAUAUAAUUAUGAUUUUUCCAUUAUUUUAGAAUGUAAAUGUUACCGUUCGAAGCUUCGUUUACUUAUUACUCGCUGUACUGUAGAAAUUCAAUUUUUACGUUCAACUUUUUCUUUAUACCAAAUGUUAUGUAAUAUGUGUAAAAAUUUUCCAAAAAUGCUGGUCGAAUUAAAUGCUUCAAGAAUAAA